GGUCCCAGAGCAAAAGGGCCCCUUAGAUCGGGUUCCUUUAGAAGUGCAUACUCGAGAUGCGGAACAGAGCACGCGAGGAUGGGUCAUUCAUAGUAG